CAGCAGAAAAGCUUACAUAACCUGAUUAUUUUUGCGUAAACGGUUCUAUCUCGACUGAAAACUCUAAAAUGGCUGGCGGAGGCGAUGAAAGCAAACUUACCGGACUCUCCCGCUACUUCAAUGGCGAGACUAUGCGAGGCCGUGCAAACGUUGCCAAGGCCACAUAUGCGUCCCUUGGAUUGCUGAUUUUGUAUUUCUCUCUGAAACCAAGCAAGAAGUAAUCAGAUGGCAGAACGUAAGACCGGUAAUGGGUGUGCUUAUGGAUAAGUGUGAGAAAUACAUUAUGCAACAGUCGAGUAAAACAUAGAA